AUCACUUUAUUCAUUUACAAUUACCAAAAAAUUCAUUUAUUACAAAAAUUGGGGCUUAUCUUUCAUUUUUACCCUUAUACUUUAAAGAGAAAAUUCUAACACAUUUUUAUCUCUUUAGAUAUAAAGGUAGUAUUUAAUAUCUUAUUAAAAAUGAAAAGUGGGACAAUUGAAGCUUUUUUAAUCUACACCAUCAAUGGCUUCUCACUACGUGCGAGCAACCCUAAUCUUGCCACUUUUGUUGGUGAGAUACCUAAGCAUCUUGUUCCUGAGUUGCUUGAACUCCCUAGGCCUGAAUUGCCUGAGCUUCCACCACUUACUGAGGUGGAGUUGCCACCAUUUCCUGAAUUUUCAUCUAUCCUAAGACCUGAAUUGCCUGAACUGCCCAACCCCACGUUGCCUACAUUUCCAACUAUUCCAGAAGACAUCCCUAAACCCAAACAGAACCCAUCUCAUUCAACCUCCAGCCCUUGAAUUAGUAUACCGUAUAUUGCUUCUUUAGUGGAUUUCACCAUGAAAAGUUUUACCUUUGGAAUUAUUAUAUUUAUGUUUAUAUACAUUGUGUGAACUGAAAAACUAUAAGUUCUUGAUUAUUUACAUUAUAGUUUGUAUCAAUUUGUCAUAUAUUUUUGCCAUGAGAUUGGUUUCGUUGUUGUUUAACCAGUGGUAUUGUACUUGAUAUCUUAUCUAUAUAUGUAUUUUGUAUUAAGUAUGAUGAAAGCAUAGUAAAUGAACAAGGAAUGC